GACAUUAUCUAUUCUAUUACCACUCCCACCACUUACAGCAUUAGGAAUUUAGGUAAAACGCUACUUGACACUCCAUAACAUUGUUAUUUUAUGUACAAAUAUUUACUUUAACACUUUGGUUUUUAUGUAUUUUCGUUCGUGUUGUUUGAAUAUUUCCGGAUAAAAUGAUCUGCGAAAAAUAUUUUUCCAAGUUGUUCGAAUCGAUUGUGCCUCGUAGAAAAAAUACAGAACCCAACCCGAAACCAGACCGUCUUCCAACUGAAAUCCAACUCCAUACAGCACCUCGAACUCACAAAGUCAACUUCACUUGGACCAUAGACGAGUUGGAUUUCCACAUUAUGAAAAAGAAGUUCCUAAAAUCGUGUAAAUUCUCAGCCAUCACGAGCGACGAAUCAAAAUGGCGUCUGGUCUGUGUGCCUUUCGAUGUACGUUACACGAGUGUCGACUUCAUGCCCAUCUAUUUAGGCUUGCAUUUUAUUCCGGCUCAGGAAGACAUCAAAGCUCUCGCAAAAGGUGAUGUUUGUUUACUGAAUGGCCAACAGAAAAAAGUAUUCCGAACAACGAUUCCAGUUCGUCAAUUUGAUAACAUCGUGUCACUCUUGGUACCUAUUCGUGCGACAAAAAAGCGUAUUUUACCCGGCAACAAAUUAACCAUUCAAUUCAACUUGACAUACUCGUAUACCCAAAUUGACGACUCUGUUUCUACUCGUGAUAACAACAAAACACCACCACGUCAACUUCAAAUACCCAGAAGCGAACGUUUGGAAAAAUUUGCCUCGAUGUAUAGAUCGGACACAUUCAAGGACGUCUUGAUUUCAGUCAAGGGUAAGAAUUACUCAGCUCAUAAAGUUAUUUUGGCCGCGUACAGUCCAGUUUUUGCAUUAAUCUUCAAAUUAAAAGGAGAAAAAGGAAGCAUCACCCAAGUAAAGAUUCACGAUGUAAAUGAAAAAGUGUUCGGUGAAAUGUUACGAUACAUUUAUACAGGAAGAUGUAAAAAUCUCGAAACUCUGGCUCGUGAUCUAUUGAUAGCAGCUGACAGAUAUCGCCUUGAUCGAUUGAAGAUGAUUUGCGCAGAUGCCUUGCUCCAGAAAUUAUCCGUUGAAAAUGCCACAGAUUUAUUAAUUUUGGCUAAUGAUUUCGACAUAAAAGAAUUGAAAUCCGAAGUAAUCAGGUUUAUAGCUGAGAAAUAUGGGCAGAUAUCGAACGAGGAAGCUUGGCGACAGGCCAUAAGGGAUAACCCUCACCUUAUAAUCCAGAUCAAUCAGGAGUUAUGGCGUCGCUUUACACAAUGAUGAGACUGCUAGAUACUUAUAUUUCUAAUCUUAAUCUUACCUCAUAUAAAGGCAUAUUUUUUACUCGUUCCUACUUAUAGAUACCUAAUUGGCUCGUAAUUGAGAUUUGUAAUCAUUUUGCAUUUUUUUGGAAUUAAUUUUAAUCAUUUGCGUACCUAUAAUAAAAUGGUAAGUAUUUUGUUUUUGAAAAAAAGUUUGUGUUCGUCAUCUUAGAAAUAGGAUUUUGAAAAACUAUAGUUUUAGUUCCACUAUUGAA